AACACGUGCCCCGUGCCCCGAAAUAAUUCAUCGUUCCUUUUUUUCCGUGUCUAUUCUUGCGCGGACUCUUUCACUACGGUUCGUUUAUAUUUCUUCAAUUAUUCGCCUGUUUCUUGACGUUUUCGGCUAAUGUAACAACACCGAAAUAAAGUUUUUGAAAGAGUCCGCAAUCGAGAAGUCGGUUAGCGUCAACCUUUACUUGGCAUUUUUGUUUAGUUUGAACGUGACAUAUCAGUCGAAAGAACAUUUCUUCGUAAUAUUUUUGUUGUGGAAAAUCUUUUCAGUGACCGUUUAAAAGUUAAUCGAGAAACUUCGAGUGUAAAUUCGCGGUAGAUUUUUCGAAUCGCCCGCCUUCCGCCUUAUCGAUUCCCUCGUCCACGCACUUGUAGCAACGCCGCAAACAAGGACAAAACAUAUUUCAUAUUCCCUUCUUUUAUAGGCGAGUCAGAAAAUUCUUCGUAGUCUUCAGAAGGUGCUUUUUAAAACUCAGUAAAAACAAAUUUUUGUAUGAGUCAAAAAGUAGAAAAACCAGUCCUAUCCGGUCAACGCAUCAAGACCAGAAAAAGAGAUGAAAAAGAGAGGUAUGAUCCAACUGGGUUUCGGGAUGCAAUAAUUUCUGGACUCGACAAGAGCGGCGCAAACGACUUUGAAGCGAUCUCGCGGUACUUAGAUCUCGGCGGCAACAAAUUAGAUUAUCGCCGAUAUGGAGAGUGUCUCUUUGAUAUUCUCAUCGCCGGCGGCAUUCUUGUGCCGGGCGGUAGUCUUUCCCAAGAAGGCGAUGGGCCGCACAAGACGGACGCGUGUAUUUUUAACUCCUCGGACGAGAUCAAUAUGGAAGAAAUGAAGAACUGGGAACAGGUCUUCAUUAAGCUGAUGCGACGUUAUAAAUACCUGGAGAAAAUUUUUCAAGAUGAAAUAAAGAAGAUUUUAAUGUUUGUUAAGUAUUUCAAGCAGACGGAUCGGAAAAAGCUCGCAGCCAUGUUGUCUUUGUGGAUCUCAAACGGCAGUGUGCCCUUCGCGGCCGUACUUGUGCUCAACAAUUCUCAUCUUGUAAAGGAUCACUUGGCACUGGACUUUCUCAUUGACAUAUUCAAGUACUGGAGCACCGAGAGGGGCGUGAACUCGUUGUACUCGGCGGUACGCAAAGCGAACCUGGAGCAGCAUUUCUCCACAUUCAUACCUGACACGAAACAAUCUCAGGUCUAUUUUAGAAAUGCCUUCCAAGAAAACGGACUGGAAGAAAUCCUGAAAUUGUACGAGGAUCAACAUCAACAAGCCGCUAAAAAGGAAUUGCAAUCUCUGUUGGCUGACGCUCUGGCCGAAAACAAACCCCUGCGCGACGUGAUCGCCGAAAUCAAGGACAUAGCCGUCAGGGACAACAUUCAGCCGCACGAGACCGUUUGCAUUAUCUGGACGACCGUUAUGGAUAUUCCCGAAUGGUCCAAGAAAGAGGAACUAGUGACUGACCAGGCCGUCCGCCACCUCAAGCAGUACACCGUGCUGUUCUCGGCGUUCACGAACGGCGCGCGCGCCGAGCUCUCCCUCCUGCUCAAGGUGCAGGAGUACUGCUACUCGAACAUGACCUUCAUGCGCGCCUUCCAGAAGAUCAUCAUGCUGUUCUACAAGACGGACGUCAUUUCGGAACAGGCCAUCCUCAAGUGGUACAAGCAGGACUACAACGUCAAGGGCAAGAUGAUGUUCGUCGAUCAGAUGAAGCAGUUCGUGGAGUGGCUGCAGAACGCGGAGGAGGAGACCGAUUCUGAUGCGGAGAGCGACUAAAGACAUCUCAACAUCAGGACACCAAAAAAAUAUAUAAAAAAAGAAAAAUAGUGCCACCGAUAACGACCCAAGAAGAGAACGGUAACAUUUUUUCCAAUGUAUAUAUUUAUAUCAAUUUUUUUUAAACUAAUAUAUUAACUAAUAACAUAUAUAUGUGUAAACAUUCUGGUGCCUUACUGUGUUGGUGUGCGUUCCGCAGGCAAUAGUGACCAUGGGUAAUUGUAAUAGAAAGACCCGCGUAAUUUCUAUUUAAAGUAAUUGAUAAAAUUGUAACGAAAAAACGAGCUGAAGUUUUAGUAGUGCAUCGGAAAAAAUGAUAUUUGUAUCAAAUUGUAACGCCAAUAUGUUAUGAAGAAAUUUACUGUUAUAUAUAAUGAUUUAUUGUCAAUUUUUUUAAUAUACAGAAGAAAUUUUAAGUAAC